AUGUCGGAAGAGAAGGAAUGUGUUGCUGACAUGACUUUGAAUUCGGUUCAACCGAAAAAUAUACUUGUAACUUUGAAACGUAAAAGACCCGAAAAUAUCUCAAAUAUCAAGCAAGUGAACAAUAUUCGGUACCGGAUGUACGAGGAUGGAGUUACCGUUAGAGAUAUACUUUGGACUCAUCCUGAUUCCAUAAAGUUGUUUAACACAUUUCCUAUUAUGCUCAUACUUGACUCAACGUACAAGACCAACAAGUAUAGACUUCCAUUAUUGGAGAUGGUUGGUGUUACCCAAACUAAGAAGAUCUAUUCUGUCGGAUUUGCAUUUCUAGAUAGCGAAAAAAGGAGAAUGUUAGUUGGGCCUCAGAGGUAUCACAUAACAAAGGAUGCAAGAGUUCGACAAAUUGAGCAACAUUGA